CCCUCGAGAAGAAGCCAGACCGACUCAGGGUCAGUUAAGUUAAGAUUGAGAGAGAGAGAGAGAGAGAGAGAGAGAGAGAGAGACAGGGAACAGAGAGAGUUGUUUGAAUAAAAAUGGCGGUUGAGAAGGGAAGGUACUGUGUAACAGGGGCUGGCGGGUUCGUUGCGUCGUGGGUCGUUAAGCUUCUGCUUUCCAAGGAUUGCACUGUCCACGGCACCGUUAGAGAUCCCAGCAAUGACAAGUACGCCCACUUGAAAAAACUUGACAAGGCAUCUGAGAACCUUCAACUAUUCAAAGCUGACUUAUUGGACUAUGAGUCUCUUCGUGCAGGGAUUCUAGGAUGCGACGGAGUGUUUCAUGUUGCUAGUCCAGUCCCCUCCACCACUGUGCCAAAUCCUGAGGUAGAAGUUGUUGAACCUGCCGUGAAGGGAACACUUAAUGUACUUAAAGCAUGCCUUGAAGCAAAAGUCAAACGAGUUGUUUUUGUGUCCUCUGUUGCUGCUGUGAUCAUGAAUCCUAGGUGGUCUGAAGGUCAAUUGUUGGAUGAAACUUCUUGGUCGGAUAAGGAAUACUGCAGAAAAACUGAGAAUUGGUAUAGUCUUUCAAAAACUUUAGCAGAAUGGGAGGCUCUGGAGUUUGCAAGAAGAAAUGGGCUUGACUUGGUAACUGUUUGUCCUACACUUAUUUUGGGGCCAAUUCUGCAGUCCACUGUAAAUGCAAGCACCUUGGUCCUCAUCAAGCUUUUGAAAGAAGGGUAUGAGUCAUUGGAAAACAAGGUCCGAAUGAUAGUUGAUGUGCGGGAUGUAGCUCAAGCAGUCCUUCUGGCGUAUGCGAAGCCCGAGGCUGAAGGAAGAUACAUAUGCACCGCCCACCAUAUCAAGGCAAGAGAUCUCGUCGAGGAGCUGAGGAGCAUUUAUCCUGAUUACAAUUAUCCUAAGAACUUUAUUGAAGUAGAAGAACAGCAGCGGUUGAGCUAUGAGAAACUGCAAAGGCUGGGUUGGAAUGCCCGGCCAUUGAAGGAGACGCUCAUUGACUCUAUUGAAAGCUACAAAGAGGCUGGAAUCUUAGAUUGAAAAGAUAUCAGAGCGUGCUUUACCUAACUAGAUGCUCUGAACCCAUCUUACAAAGAGGAAAGUUUGGCUUGUUGCAAGUAGCUUGGAGUCUACCCUAUUACAUAUGUUACUUUUCUGUCUUUAGCUAAUGACAUUAUACUGAAUAUCUUUUAUGUUAUCUUUUCUGUUUGUUGGGAAAAUAGUGCUUUGGACUGUUUCAAUCAGAAUCUUCGGUUCAUAUCAAAUUGUCAAUGCUAACAAUGGAUGACAAAGAAAGCUCAGCUAGCUACAACCACAUACCAAGUCCUUUGGUUUUGUAGAUUAAUUAAGAAUAGGGACAAUACGAAAAGCGUAGGUUUUUUAUUGCGAAACGUCUCUGAUGUUAACGAGUAGUAGUAGUCUAACCCUGUUCUGUCGUCAGAUUUAUUUAUAUUCUCAUAUUGUAAAUUCAUAUUAUUUCCAGUGCUAAUUUUGUCUAUAUUUGUAUGGUGUACAUUCUUGCAUGAAUAUUUAUAAAAUUAAUUUAAAAAACCAGUGUGCGGAGUAAACAAGGCAACAAAGUCGCAAUGCUCUUGGGCCCCGUGUCAUCAAAAAAACAAAAUGUCGCAAUGCAAGAAAUGCAUUAACUAAGGGGGGUCGUUGAAAUUCAGACCCAAAAAAAAAAAAAAAAAA